UCGGAACAGUCAGUCUUACACCGUCCGUCGACAAGAACGCACGCUGUUCUUAUAUGUCACCUCUCGUAAUUGUGUCUCGUGAAUGGAUGACGUGUUGACACCAGCUGGAUUUUGUGUUGUGCAUUGUUCAGUGUGUGGAUAAUACUUUUAAGCUGGAAAAGGAUCACGGAUUGUGGAGCAACAUGCUCACUUCGAGCAAUCAGUAUUUACGGCCUGACUACUUGUCGCCGCUCCCGACCACGGUAAUGCUCGACGCCAAAAAGAGCCCCCUGGCGCUUCUCGCGCAAACAUGCAGUGCGAUCGGCGCGGAUUCACCCAACCCGAAACUCAUAUCGGCCGCGGAAAAGGCCAGCAAGAAGUACGAUGACAAACCCGUACACAAUGACAACAAACCUAGUUUCAAGCCUUACGAAUCGUGCCUAACAGCGAGAGAAAAGACUAGAACACCAGAAGACAGGGCAUCAGUUGGACAUCCACACUCAAAGACGCCUCUGUCUUCUAAAGGAAGCACUUCAACAACACCAGUACAAGCGCGUUGCGGUAGUAACCAGAGCUCAUCAUCACAGAGAACUCCUCCGCCAGCGCAUAGGAAGACUCCUUCUGAAAAGUCCGAGGAGAGGUCCAGCCCCCUUCGCGGAUCUCCAGUUCCUACCAAAUCAAAUUCUAAUUCCCCCAGUAGCUCUUCAACUAAGUUACCAUAUACCCCCACCUCUUUAUCAUCAAGUUCAGACACCAAAGAACCUUCAAGUUUUAAGCCGAGUGUUCCAGUGACUUCAACGGCUUUCCUUGGUGGCAUGCCUCCAUCUGGUUUUCCCUUGCCAAUGGACAUAAUGACAAGCAGUUUAAUGGCAGCUCAGCACCACGCCUUAAAGAAUGGGCUGAAUCCAUAUUUAGCAUACGCUAGAAUGAAAGCGCCUGGAAGUGAUUUAGGUAUCUGCAGAGACCCUUAUUGCACAGGUUGCUCUCUCAGUUCUCAUCUGCUCAAGUCUGCAGUAUGUCCUGCUGGGUGUGCCCAAUGCGAUCAUGCCAAAACACCUUUUACAAUACCGUCGGGACAUCCCGCAGCUGCUGCAUAUGCUCACGCUCAAUUAGCGGCCUUAGCAGCGGCAUCUCAAUUGCCUUACGUCUGUAGUUGGAUGGCGGGUGAUUCAGCUUACUGUGGCAAACGUUUCGCUAGCUCUGACGAGUUAUUGCAGCACUUAAGAUCCCACACCGCUAGCAGUGAGUCCAAUUCUAGCCUAUCUAUGCUAAGUGCUACGCACCCAUUAUUACAAAGAACUUAUCCAACUCCGCCACUGUCGCCUUUAACUCCUAGGUUCCAUCCGUAUAGUAAGCCAUCACACUUAGUAUCGUCGCCCCCUCUGCCUUUCCCGUUGCCUCCUCAUCCAUCUCUGGCAGCUUAUUUCCCUUCAUAUCCAUUAUUCGGACCGAGGCCUCUCCAUCCGUGAGGACCAUCGGCGCUCCACACCAACAAAAAGGGGGGCGCCGAACAUUAAAGCCCAUGCAUUUGGAGUUGUAAAGUGACCGUCACAUUAUAAGUGACUGAGUAUAUUGGUCAUUUAUUGAAUACCACCGUCAUUUUCAGUCAUUUAUUGUCAGAAACGUCACGAUAGUUUUAUUUCGAAAGAUAUUGUUUAUUUUUCGCCAAAGAGGUUAUAGAAUCCCUCAGCCAAAAAGUAAAUUUAUAUGGAACUGCAGGAAACUUAGAACUUUACACAUUUUUUUAAAUCUACAAAACUGUCUCUGUUAUUUUAAUAUCACGUAGUACAUUUUAUAAUUGAUAGCCGCAUUUAAACAUUUUGUGGGAUAUGGUUACAUGCAUUACCGCCGAACUAGCAUUAAAAGAGUUAAGAAUAUUUAUAUAUGUGGCCGCGUUUAAUUACUUCCGCAAUUAAUUAUAACGUACAACUGGAGAGUUGUAGUUUUUGCCUACCCCUCAGGGAAAGUAAAAAUCCAAAUCUAUUUAAAAAGAAAUACGAUAAUUUUUAUAUUUUUCGUUUUGAACAAUUAAGCUAAACGUUCCAGCCUUGUUAAAAAUUUACACUGUUUAUCCCGUAAGGGACGACAUGCGUUACAUAUAUGUGUGUAAAUCCAUUUCAUUUGAUUUUACAUUGAAUAUAUUUUCGAUUAAUCAACGUGACCAAUCUGACGAUAAAUGACCAAUCGGACCCGCCGUAUAACCGUCACUUAUGAUAUCUGACGGUCAAUUUACAACUCCAAUUUGGAACCGAAGUGUGUAUAUAUAAGAGUAAGUUAGUGACUUCGGCUUUCUAGUCGGCUCAUAUCAAUAUCAUCAAAGGACGAAGUGCCGUACUGGCCGCAACAGCUGUGAUCUCUAAUGAUAAUCAUAAUAAUGUUUACUGCACUGAAGACUCGUAGCUUACCUAAGCAGCGAGUUAAUAAUUUUAUAGUUAGCCUAACGAAAUUUUAUGUACCAAAUCUGUAGAUUGUAAUUUAAUUUUUAAUUUAAAUUGUUACAAUUAGAGAAGAUUGUUGAUUCUUUUUUUUUUUGUAUUUUUAAUAACGAAGUCAUUUUCUCUGUUGCAUAUCUUUGUAAAGUUCAACACUGACUGAAUUUCUCAAUGGCACACUGUUUCUUAAUUGUUACCGCAACGUAAUCACUUAUUGUGUUUCUCGAAUUAUAAUUAAUUAUUGCAAUUUUAUAUUAAUUACUAAACUGAUAAGAUCGUAGUUGAAUCUCACACUUUGAAAUUUACAUAAUAAAUGCUUGCAACAUACUUAUUUUUGUGAACGAAUGUAUAAUUUUAAAUAGCAUACUGUCUACGAUGUGUAUAAAUAAUCAAGAUAUAUAUCAUUUCAUAAAAUGUACAGAAUCAACCGGAUGUAUUGCAAGAAACAAAUUUAAAGAUCUUAACUUAUUAUGGAAUAAUUAUCUUAAGUAAAUUAUUAUGAUUAAACACUCGAUUCGAUAACUACAAACAAAUAUCUGUUUAAAUAAAAAUUUGUUGUUAUGAAGGACAUAAAAAGCAAA